GACAUUGACAGAAUUAGUUCGCUGUUAAAUCAAAAUGUAAACAAAUAUUGAUCUGUUCUUAUCAAAUCAUUUUGAAGCUAUAUAUUUAAAAUAUUACCAUUAUGACAUCAGCUUCAUCAAGCAGUGCCCGAUCUUUAUUUGCUGAGUCUAAGCAACGUUUAGCUGAGAGAGUUCAAGUUAAUAUGAAUAAUAUAGCCUCUUUGGCUCGACAGAUACAGAGAGGGUCAAAAUCAAACGAGCUCCUGUCGAAAGCUGCACGAGACUUUGCUGCAACUGAGCACUUGAUGGAAGGAAGCGAAGAAAAUCUUAAAAAAAUGCAACUGAUUUCAGUUCAUAUGGGAUACCAAUACGAGAAUAUACAUAAAUCUGCUCAAAUGUUAACUGAAAUUAAUGAACAGAUUGCUAUGAUGCAUAGAUGAUAAAUUACAAUAUUGUUAUACUGUUUGUUAAUAUCAUCAUAUCAUAAAAAGAAAUAAA